AUGAGUGAAGAAAAAAAGGUUAUGUUCCAUGAAAUGGAACUUGAUGAUCGAUUAUUAAAGGCUAUAUCUCAGUUGGGAUGGCCUCACCCAACACUGAUCCAAGAAACGGCAAUCCCAUUGUUAUUAGAGGGCAAAGAUGUACUCAUGAGAGCCAGGACAGGUUCGGGCAAGACAGCAGCAUUCACAAUACCUGUAAUACAAAAGAUAUUGAAUCUUAAAAAUACCAGCACACACCAAUGUAUACGAGCCCUUAUAUUAUCUCCAAGUAAAGAGCUGUGCGGACAGAUAACUUCUGUGGUUGGUCAUUUAACACUGAAAUGUGCAAGAGAAGUUCGUUGUAUAGACAUUUCAUCCAACGGUGACAUGCAAAUACAGAAGUCUUUACUCGCUGACAAACCUGAUAUAGUAGUGUCAACACCAUCACGAGUAUUGGCCCACUUGAAGGCCAAUAAUGUAAGGUUGAAGGAAGACAUAGCGAUGUUGGUAGUGGAUGAAGCAGAUUUGGUGUUCUCAUUUGGUUAUGAAAACGAAAUUAAGGAACUUCUUGAACAUUUACCGAAGAUAUUUCAAGCUGUUCUAGCAUCGGCAACACUUUCCGAUGAUGUUUUAAGUCUCAAAAAGAUAGUGCUCAGAAAUCCAGUGACUUUAAAGCUUGAAGAACCCGAGCUGGCGCCGUCAUCACAAUUAAAACAUUAUCAUUUGUUUGCCGAAGAAGAUGAUAAAGCAGCCAUACUGUAUGCAUUGCUGAAGUUAAAUCUCAUCAGAGGAAAAACCAUCAUAUUUGUGAGGACAGUUGACCGAUGUUAUAAAUUAAAGUUAUACUUGGAGCAGUUUAAAAUCGGCUCAUGUGUACUGAACUCUGAGUUGCCGGCUGCUGUGAGAUGUAUGUCUGUGGAGCAGUUUAACAGAGGUCGCUACCAGAUCAUCGUGGCCUCUGAUGAGAAGGCCUUAGAGGAACCCGAUGGAGGCAUGAUGCUGGAAGAAACAGGCAAGAAGAAGCAAAAAUCUAAACGUAGAAAGGACAAGGAGUCGGGAGUGUCUCGUGGUAUUGACUUCCAACAUGUGUCUAACGUUAUAAACUUCGACUUCCCGCUGGAUGUGACGGCCUAUGUUCAUAGAGCGGGCCGGACCGCGAGAGGGACCAGUCAGGGCUCCGUGUUGUCGUUUGUGUCGAUUCGAGAGAAACCCCUAAUGAACGCUGUGAAAGAACAUCUAACUAAAUGUUUCAAUGGACAGAAAGUUUUACAGAAGUAUUCUUUCGCGUUGGACGAAGUGGAAGGUUUCCGGUAUCGUUCCCGGGACGCGUGGCGCGCGGUCACCCGGGUGGCCGUCAGGGAGGCCCGGCUGAGUGAGAUCAGGAGGGAGCUGCUCAACUGUAAGAGGCUACAGGGCUACUUCGAGGAGAACCCCACAGACCUGGCCGCCCUGAAGCGUGAUAAGGCCCUUCACACCGUCCGCCUCCAGCCGCAGCUGGCCCACGUGCCGGAGUACCUGCUGCCCGCGGCGCUGAGGACGGACGGACCAGAACCCGAGCCGACGACAGACGCGCCGCCCGCUAAGAAAAAGAAGCAGCAGAACUACGGCAGUGUGAAGAGACAUAAGUACCAAGCCCGUCAGCGAGAUCCCCUCAAGAGCUUCGAGGUGAAGAGUGUGAGCGCGUCGUCGAAGACUUAG